CAAUUCUACACCAAUAUGCUCAACUCCAAAGACCAAGCGUUUUCCCAACACCAUGACGCAGAAGCAAAUCCCCCGCGCCCCCCUACAUCCCUGCUCUCCCUUCCCACAGAACUCCAUCUUCUAGUAGUAUCGCAUCUAUCCCAACAUCCUAUAUCCUUAAUGUCCCUCCGCGCAGCCUGCACAUACUUCUUCUACAUUCUCCCCUCUCCAAUCGCCACCCUCGACCUCCCAUUCCAGCGCAACGCGCUCCGCCAAGGGUACGCCCAUUUCCUGCACGAUCGUCUUCUUCAGGUCCUAUGCGAGCAAGAGCGUAAUGGGAUUCUGCCGGACAAUCAUCUGGUUUGCUCGGGGUGCUUUGCGUCGCAUCCGGAUACGCUAUUCUACCCGGUUUCUAGAGACGAGCAGCCGGAGAAGAGGAUUUGUCGGGGAAGAGAAGGGUUGCUGUGGAUUUGCGCGCAUGUGUCGUUGACGUGGGAGCAGCUUCAUUGCGGCGGGAGGCAGUUCUGGUGUGGGAAGAGCCAUGGCUUGUGCGGUUUGAGACCCAGCCCUCAUCGAGAAGAUGAUCAAGAUGCGCCGUACCUCUGGUUUGAUAUCCGAGAGCGUGGAUAUAAGCGCAUUGGACCGAGUGUUGAAGGACAGCGGGGAUGCUUGCUCGGGCCUGUUGAGGCAUGCGAUUCGGAAACAUCUGGGACGGAGAGAGCAGCUAGUAGGAUGCGGCAGGCGGCAGAUCAAAAGCUCGUCGUCCGGUACGAGCACGUCCUCCUGCACUGUGGGGCCAAGGAGAAAAUCUCCAACAGCCAGAUUAAAGAGCACUUGAGCUUCAUGGCGGACGGGAAGGGCUUCUGCCCGCAUCUCUCCACCGCCAACGUAGUCGCUCUCCUCGAUCAGCAGCCGUACCAAGACUGCCCGCGUCGCGGAUCCCACGGAGCAAACGCAACGGCCUGUUCGCAGUCUGCCAGCCGAACACUCUCCCUGCCUUACCUGCAUAGGCGCAACAAGAAAGCACCAAACAAAGGUCCAUGUCGCCAAGCAUACCACUGCCCCCAUCCCCCCUGCGCGACCACCUUCUCCCUCCACCGCACGCGCAUCCACAACCCCCACUCCCCUCCGCGCGACGAACUCCUCCUCAUAGUCCACCGCACCCUCGGCGCUCUUUCCACGCCCAAAACCCCCCUCUGGACCACGCAACUCCAGGAACCGCGCCGCGUCUCUGACAUCCCGUUUCCGCUGCACAACUGCCCGCCGCACUGCUGCGCCGAGCGCCGCCGGUACAUUGAGAGUCAUAAAGAAUCGCGUCCGUGGCCGAAGUGGAUAAUCAAAACGGUCAUCGAGAAACCGUGCUGUGGGGUGUUGCUUCCGUGUUGUCGGAUGGAGACGCCAGAGUGUGGGUUUGGGAGUGGGGAGGUGCUGGUGGGUGCGAAGACGGAGCUUCGGCAGUGUACUGGGGAAGUGGGGGAUGCGUGUUUCCAAGAGAUCAGGGAUGAGGGUACGCUAGGGAAGGGGGAAGCGGACGAGAGGAGCAGGAGUACGGGGGGGCUUAUACGUUUUGAUAAUGGGGAAUAG